UAAAUUAUUUAAUAUCGUAGUCGAAAUUUACAAUUUAAGUUGUAGUCGUGUGAAAGUUAAUAUAUUAUGGCAGAGAUCAAGGAGGAGACAGUGGUCAAGGAGGAGACAGUGGUCAAGGAGGAAACUGUGGUCAAGGAGGAAACUGUGGUCAAGGAGGAAACAAAAAUUCUGAAUUCACCGUCUGAUCUGGAGAAAAAAAUCAUUAGACAAAUUGAGUAUUAUUUUGGAGAUGCCAAUUUAAAGAGAGACAGAUUCUUACAGGAAGAAAUCAAAACUGAUGAUGGUUGUAUCCUUUUACAAUACUAUUUUACUACAUUACUACUAUAUAUAUUCAUUUUUACCCUUUACGUUAAAUUUGAAUUUUGUCAACAGAAGGGAUUUCCUUUGGAUGCAACACUGGAUGAUAUUCAAGAUUUUCUUGACAAAUUUGGACCGUCUGCUCAUGUCCAGAUGCGAAGGGAUGGAGAAAAAAAAUUCAAGGGGUCGAUAUUUGCUGUAUUCAUGAAUGUAGAAGAUGCACAAAAGUUUUUAGCAGCAGAUAAUGUAAAAAUUGGAGAAACAGAUGCAGUCAAAAUGAGCAAAGAUGCGUACUUUGCCAUGAAAGCAGAUGAGAAGAAAAAGGAAAAGGAAGCUGACAAAGAAAGGAAACUACAAGAGGCAGUGCAGAAAGAAAAAGAAGAAAAAUUAUCCUCUGAUAAGGCUGCAUUGGAAGAGUUUGCUGAAGGCUGCAUUAUGCAUUUCAGUGGCGUUUCUGACCAGAUAUCAAGGGAGGACUUAAAAGAAGUGUUUGGUGAACAUGGGACUGUUAACUGGGUGGACUUUGUCAGGGGUCAAACAGAGGGAACUAUUAGAUUUGAUGAUGAUGUUAAAGCUAAGGAUGUAAUUAAGAAAAUUAGAGCAGCAAAUGAUGGUAAAAUACAAGUACGAGGCGAGGAUGUUACAGUUCGUGUUUUGGAAGGCGAGGAGGAAAAGGAACACUGGGUGAAGGUGUUUGAGAAUAAGAUGGCUAGUAAGCUUCGUAUGCAAGCUGGUCGUAGGGGAAAGAGAGGAAGGCCUGGUGGAAAACGUGAUAAACGGAGCUAUGAUGAACCCAGAGGAAAGAAAACUAAAUUUGAAAGUGAUGAUGAAGAAGAUGCUGAAAAAACUAAAAAACGCCCUCACGAGUCAAGUACACCUUCAGAGGACCCUCCAGUGAAGCAGCUAAAAACAGAAUAAAUGGAAAAAGAAAAUGAAAACUAUGAUAGAUGGCCAAUCAUUCAUAUUCAGAGACUUGUUUGAACUACCUUUUCUAUUACAUCAAAACGUUGUUUUUUUCAUAGAUGCUGAAAAAACUAAAAAACGCCCUUACGAGUCAAGUACACCUUCAGAGGACCCUCCAGUGAAGCAGCUAAAAACAGAAUAAAUGGAAAAAGAAAAUGAAAACUAUGAUAGAUGGCCAAUCAUUCAUAUUCAGAGACUUGUUUAACUACCUUUUCUAUUAUAUCAAAAUCUAGAAACUAGAGGAAUGAGUAGUUCAGCUGCCCACACUAAUCAGAGGCUACAGGAGAGGUCACAUGAUAAGUUUCAUAAUACUACUCUGUAGUGCAUAUGGUUUUCUGCUAAAAGAAUGUUUUAUUUUGAUUUUAGGCAUAUUUUUUAAUUUUUUUUUUUAUGUACAGUAUGAACAAAACUGGACAAGUAAAAUUGGUGUUGGAACUUGUACAUAAUACUGUAUUACUGUUUUUAGGAAGGUGAUGUAAUUGUUAUAGUAUUUUGUGCAAAGCAGCACAUUAAUAGGCCUAACAAGUCGUUAAGUAGUCUGUUUCCACAACACCAAUGUUUGUUAUUGAUAAGAGAUGCAUUUCUAAACUGUCAUAUGAAAAUGUGAAUAUGGAGCUUUUUAUAGAAUAAAAUUCCUGUACAAAACUGUUCUGUUUAUGUUGAUAGCAAGCCAGUCAUAAAUUUAACACUACAAUAUGCAACUUGGUUGAAACAAUUUCCUUGGUGAAACAGUAAUAAUAAUACAGGAAUUUAUACCGCACCUUUUGCCAAGGGAUACAAGGCACAAUAAAAGAUAACAGUGACAAAAAAAAAAA